AUUGCAGCACGGGUUGUCAUGGCGGAAGAAACACGAAGCAGUGCAUAACAUUUCGUUUUCUAUAAAUUUUUCAAAUUUCAUGCUUUUGCGAAUGUCCUAAGGUUUUGGUAUAUCGAAAGUUGUGCACUAGAAUUAGCUGACCAAGAUACAGUGUUGGUUUUCUUGAUAAGUUAAUUACGUAACAGUAGUUAUUGUCUCUGUCGAAGUAGACGUUAAGUCUACUUCCUAAAUAGAAAAAUAAUCCUGGAGUACAUACAAAUCGAUAUUGUUCCUGGGCUUGAUCCGUCCGAGAUGAACAUAGCCGAGACAUGCCGGUUGUGUUUACGUCAGAAAUCGGAUAACGUUCCCGUCGCACAGGAAGAUGACGAUUUGCGGCGGAAAAUCGAUCGGAUUUUUUACUUUCAGGUUAUACGAAGUUUGGACCUGCCCAGUUUGAUUUGUUCCAUGUGUAAGCAAACAGUCGAUGAAUUCUACGAGUAUGCAGAACAAGUACUGAAAAAUCAGCAGUUCUUGCGCUCGUCGUUAGUUCCUUCUACUUCGGCAUCAUCAAACAGUGUAAACAAAUUGCGGGACUCCCCAGUUGCGGAAGAAUCGUCUGUGAAAGUAGAGAACCCUAUUAAGAAGGAACCGGAAGAAACUGAAUGGGUCGCUGUGGACGCUUACUCCGAAGCAGCUAUUGGUGCUACCCAGAUUAACAAACCUACUCCAGUGGUAUCGACGGAGAAUAUUCCGUCCAGUGACACCAUAAUGGAUGUAAAAAUCGAUCACGAUUGGAAAACGGCUCAAUCGACAGAUGACGAUGAUGAAAAUAACGAGGAUUCUGAUGAUUCAGAGUCAUCUGAUGCUGCUGAUGGUGCUUGGAACGAUGACGAUAACUCAAUGCAAGAGGUGAAGCCUAAACGGAAAUACACACCUAAGAAGCAAGGAAAGAUUCUUCAAAGCGUUAAAUCAGAGCAAAAGGAAAAGAAGCCACGAGUGAGGACGGAAGGCCCAUCGAUAGACGAGUUGAUACUCGAACAUUAUAAAUUGUCCUGUGAUCUAUGCGCGGAACCAUUGGAAGACUUCACCGAGCUGCGCAAACAUUACAAAUACGUACACAAUCAACCGGCCUAUCUGAAGUGUUGCAGCAAGAAAAUCUUCAAAAAAUGCUGGAUGGUGGAGCACAUACAGCUGCAUUUGAAUCCAGACGCAUUCCACUGUGACAUUUGCAACAAAAGUUACAGUUCCAGCAAGGUUCUGAAAGAACACACCAAAGAGGUUCAUUCCCCCAACGAAAACCGCCCGUUCAAGUGCGAGACCUGUCUGAAACCGUUUGUCUCGCAUGCUCAUUUAAAUGCACACGUCAUGGUGGCACAUGGCUCGGUGCCUUGUCCGCAGUGUCCGAAGGUAUUGGCUUCCCAAGGCUCACUCAAAAAGCAUUUGGUUGCAAUGCAUGGCGAUGGGGAGCAGUAUGUAUGUGACGUGUGUGCCCGCGUUUUUCGCUCCAAGCAGUGCUUCGACACCCACGUGAAAGGACAUUUAGGGACCCGACUGGAAAACAAAGUUCAAUGCAGUGUUUGCUCGGUAUGGCUAACGGACAAGUAUUGCCUGACGAAGCACGUGCGGCGAAUGCAUGUUGCACCGGAACUGCCGCUAUCGUGCGAGCUGUGCGGUAAACAGGUGCGCAAUCAGGACGCUCUCAAUUGUCACAUGCGCAGGACUCACACGGAAAGUCGCUUCGAGUGCGACAUUUGCCACAAAAAGUUUAAACGACCGCAUCACAUGAGGGAACACGUAGCAAUCCAUCACACCGGGGAGGAUUUGUAUGGUUGCAAUCACUGCCCGGAACGCUUCAACACCAAAAACAAACAGUACAUGCAUCGGAAAACCGCUCAUCCUGUCGAGUGGGAAGAGGAAAUGCGAAAGCGAAUUAUGAAGGUUCCAUGAGCGUAAGAUUUCUUCACUCUAGUUACUAGCAUAUUAUGGCAGAGAAGACUUUUGAGGAGUUUCCGGAAAUUGAAACACCAGCUUGCCUAACAAACUGAUAAGUAGAACGGAACUUGAAAUUAUUUGGUGAGUUUGAACUGGACUUUGAUAUAUAAAUUUAUUAAGUUCAGUGAAUUUACCAAAGUACAUUGAUCAAAUUGUUAGAGAACAUAUGGAACUUUCUUUUGUUUAAAAAAAGCAAUUUAUUCAAUAAUAUAAUAUAAAAUAAUA